AUGGCCUCAUCCGUUUUCUAUGUUGAUUGCUCCGCUCCAGUUGCUGACAAGUUCUUCCAGCUUCAGGAGUUCGUCGAAUACCUUCAGUCCCACAUGAAGGUUGAUAACCUCCGCAAGAACCUCGCUAACAAGGUCACAAUCGAAGCCGAUGCUGGUGCUAACAAGAUUGUUGUCAACGCUUCUGUCAAGUACUCCAAGCGUGCCGUUCGUUACUACGCUCGUAAGUUCCUCGCUAAGAAGGACAUCCGCUCCCGCUUCCAUGUCAUCGCUUCUGGCAAGGACACAUACGAACUCCGCCCAUACCGCGUUUCCAACGAAUAA